AUGGAUAGGACCAUCAGGAAGCUCGGCGCCAGGAAAAGAGCGCCGAACCCUGACGGUAUCCCAGGCACAAUUUGGGCCUUGGCAAUGAGAGUUGGGGAAAUGAAGAGUCGCAUGAUGCCGUUCUUCACCUCCUGUCUGAAGACCGGGAUGCCGAUUUGCCUGCUGGAUGAGGCGGGUAAGUUAUCCGAAAGAAUAAUACACGCCUCGUCCGGCACCUAUUCCAGGGUAGUCCCACGCUCAACACUGAGCAAUACGGUUUCCGGGAAAGACAGUCAAGCGUGGAUGCGAUUCUGCGCGUCCGGUCCCUCUUGGAGGUCGUCGAGAGGGGGGGAGUUGGCGAUGUCGCUCGACAUCGCCAACGCCUUCAACUACUUCCCUUGGGACCAGGUGGAGGCGGGCUCGGCCCAUUUCAAGGUCGCCCCCCACCUGGUGUCUAUAAUCAGGGAUUACUUCCGAGGUAAAAGACUGGAGUUCCGCAACAAGGCGGAACUCUAG